AGUGUGAACAACAAUGGAUUUUUACAGGAGCUACGCCGGAAAGAAUGCUCAUUAUGGAAACGGGGACGUACUUUGCAGUGGAUGCCAGUUAUUCUUCCACGACACAUACUCCCGUCCGGACGGAAGCGGAUACAAGUACAUGUACCUGAGCCGGUGUGGUCACAGGGUAUCGUGUGUCGGAAAACAGGGGAUGGUUGCCCCCCCCUUCUAAAGAAUCCCGCAAACCCCCACCGACCUGUAUGACAGCGUCACAGAUAAUCCAACGAAACCUGUAAUGUAUGUGAUAUUCAACGACAUCCAGGCCUAUCCCGAGUAUCUCAUCACCUUUACUAAAUGA